UGGUGGCCAUGUUCCUAGCGCCUCGCGCGUUGGGUGUCUGGGAGCCGCCCUCCCGUUCUCUGUUUCAUGACCCUCUUGUUCUUGGAUGUGAAAAGGCUGCCUUUGGAAAAGCAUCUGUAUGUGAGAAAGACAGACCCUUGUCGUCAAGGUCAUUCUCCCCUGGAGUUAAUAUGGUCAGCGUGGGAAUUGGCACAAGGCCAGGCCUAGCAAGAGGAGCCAGCUCAGGAUUGAGAUAUGACACUGAGACAGAUGAGACCAUCCUGCAGAGGAGACAGAAGCAGAUAGACUAUGGAAAGAAUACUGUUGGCUACCAGCACUUCCUACAACAGGUCCCCAAGGCCGCUCGGCAGCCAGGGAUUCACCCCCGAACUCCAAAUAAGUACAAGAAAUAUAGCCGCCGCUCCUGGGACAUGCAAGUCAAGCUGUGGAGACGGGCAUUGCAUGCCUGGGACCCACCAACCCAGCAUCCUCUCCUGUGUGAACAAGGAUUUCCAAGGAAAGAGCUGGUGAGUCUCUCAGGAAUGAUGGAGACAAACUCUUUGUGUGGCUUCUCAGAAGACUGGCCUGGUGCCCUGAGGCCUCUUGAAAAUCUGCCAGGAGACUCACUGGGCAGACAGUUUGCUGGCCUGUCAUGUCCUGGCUGCUCCUCUCCUUGGCUGCCCCAGGUCCACUCCAACUUGCUGCCCUUCCUAGGAAAUGCACACACCUGCCCAUACUGCUGGAUGGGGCUAUGAGGAGAGUCCAGAGCAUUUUCUGCCUCUGAAAUGACAGCAUUUGGGGAGUGAGAAGAGCUCAGGCGUCAAGUUUCAUACAAGCCCAGCUGCAAGGCUCUCCUGAGCUCAUGGAGGACAUGAGAUUAUCUUGAAGCUUGCCCCUGGGACAGAAGGGGGACUUGGUGUUAGUGUUGAGGCUUGGAGUUGAGCAUCAGACCACUUACAAAAUGCACAAACAGAGAAACAGCUGCUGUAUCUCCUCCCAUAGCCCAACUUCCAAUGGUAUAGAGAGUUUCUGUCACCUGAGUACCUGUAAUGCCAGCAUGCAUAGGACCAAUUCUUUCUGCUUCCCUUCAGGAAUCUGUUUGGUCUCUUGUGUUCCAGGGAGAUCUAUAUAGAAGGAGUUGGAAAAAUGGAAACUGAGGUCAAUAAAAUUUACCAAAAGACUCUAACAGCUGCUGGCUGGGUUCUUUUUCUGUCCCUAAGCCUCUGGGGCUCUGCUCACCACAGGCAGGUUCAGGGAGGCUUUGGCAAUUCACGAGGACUCAGAGAAUGGGGAGUCGUGACCCUUCCCCCAGUGUGGGCACUCCACAAGCUAAGUAAAGAUUGAUCUGUAGGAGCAGCCAGACCAGCAAAGAGGGGAAAUUCUGGGCAGCAGUUUGUCAGGCCCAGCCCAGAGGAGAAGUGAUGGGGGAGAGGAGACUGCACAAGGAAACCAUGAGUCUUAAGGGAGGAAGUUUACCCCGCCAAAGGGUUAAUGUUGCCUUAGGGGUUGUUGCUGCCUUUCUUGCCAUUGGUUGGAGGUGAAGAUGAUU